GAUCGACAUCAUUGCCUUUCUUCCUCAUAUCCUCAUUCCCUUAGCAGUAGGGUCCAGAAACUAAUUUAGAGACAAACAAACGUUUAUUAUUUUAUAGCUAUAUUUUUGGUGAAGAUGGGAGAUACUGUGGCUGAAUACACGUCUCGGCUUCAACAACAGGAGAGGGAGAUCCAUUCCCUCACGGCUGAGAUCGAGUGCCUGAAGAACCCGCCGAGCGUGGGCUUGUCUUCACACCUGGACGGCCUGAGGGAGGAGAAUGCCAAGCUGAAAUAUCGCCUCAAUGUCCUCAAAAGGAGUCUGCAAGAGGAAAGGAGCCAGUGCAGUAAAACCAUGAUGAAUAUCAACCAGCGUCUGCAGGAGAUCUUUGGGGAAGCCAUCCGGGAGGCCUUCCCCGACCUAGAGAACGCUCCCCUGGCUGUUACCCCGAACCAACAGGCCAAGUUUGGAGACUACCAAUGCAACAGUGCCAUGGCCAUGGCUCAGAUGAUGAAAUCAAAGGGCCUGAAAGUAAACCCCAGGGAAAUUGCUGAGAAGAUUCAACAGAAAAUUCCUGACAAUGAACUCAUUGAGAAGACUGAAAUUGCUGGACCAGGUUUUAUCAAUGUUCACCUUAAGAGGUCGUUUGUAUCCAAAUUGCUGACCAACUUGCUUCUCAACGGGGUUCAGCCUCCUCCUUUACCAAAAAAGAAGAAGGUCAUUGUGGACUUCUCAUCUCCAAACAUUGCCAAGGAGAUGCAUGUCGGUCAUCUGCGCUCUACCAUCAUCGGGGACAGCAUGUGUCGCCUUUUUGAGUUCCUGGGCUACGAAGUUUUGAGGCUUAAUCACGUGGGUGACUGGGGCACCCAGUUUGGGAUGCUAAUCGCUCACCUGCAGGACAAGUUCCCGGACUACCUGAGUGUGUCCCCUCCCAUCGUAGACCUGCAGGCAUUCUACAAAGAGUCCAAGAAACGUUUCGAUGUGGACGAAGACUUUAAGAAGAGAGCGUACCAGUGUGUGGUCAAGCUGCAGAGUAAAGACCCAGCCUUCAUUAAAGGAUGGAACCUCAUCUGUGAUGUUUCCCGGAAGGAAUUCCAGAAGGUCUACAACUGUCUGGACAUUCAGAUCAUCGAGAGAGGAGAGUCCUUCUACCAGAACAUGAUGACCGCUGUGGUCAAAGAGUUUGAGGCCAAAGGCCUGGUGGAGAUGGACGAGGGCCGUAAGAUAGUGUUCGCCCCGGGCCAGCAGAUCCCCCUGACAGUGGUGAAGUCAGACGGGGGCUACACCUACGACACCUCAGACCUUGCAGCCCUGCGCCACCGGCUGUUUGACGAGCAGGCAGACAUCAUCAUCUACGUGACGGAUAGCGGCCAGAGCACCCACUUUCAGUUGGUGUUUGCAGCAGCUCAGAUGAUUGGAUGGUAUGACCCCAAGGUCACACGAGUGGAGCAUGCAGGCUUUGGAGUGGUUCUAGGGGAAGACAAGAAGAAGUUUAAGACCCGGUCCGGGGACACCGUGAGGCUGAUGGACCUGCUAGACGAAGGCCUCAAGAGGUCCAUGGACAAACUUAAGGAGAAAGAAAGGGACAAGGUGCUGACCCCAGAGGAACUGACCAAGGCUCAGCAGUCUGUGGCAUUUGGCUGCAUCAAGUACGCUGACCUGUCCCACAACCGCAUCAACGACUACAUGUUCUCCUUCGACAAGAUGCUGGACGACAGGGGCAACACGGCUGCCUACCUGCUCUACGCCUUUACUCGCAUCAGGUCCAUAGCCCGUCUGGCUAACAUCGAUGAGGUGACACUUCGUAAAGCAGUGGAAACCACAGAGAUUGUCUUGGAGCAUGACAAGGAGUGGAAGCUGGGCAAGUGUCUGCUGCGCUUCCCGGAGAUCCUGCAGAAGAUCCUAGAAGAUCUUCUGCUCCACACGCUGUGUGACUACUUGUAUGAGCUGGCCACCACCUUCACAGAGUUCUACGACAGCUGCUACUGUGUUGAGAAGGACCGCCAGACAGGUGACGUAGUGAAAGUGAACAUGUGGAGAAUGCUCCUUUGUGAGGCCACUGCUGCAAUCAUGGCAAAAUGCUUCGACAUUCUGAGCAUCAAGCCUGUUUCCAGGAUGUGACAUUGCAGCAACUUCCUCUCAAAAUCUCCUUUAACAAAAGAAUAAACAAGCUUCUUGGACUCAUUAACAUUACCUGGGAUUUUUAUUGUAAACCAAAUAAAAGAGAAAUUACUGUC